AGUUCCAACAUGGCGGCCGCGGCGACCUGCGGCACCGGCGCUGGGAGUACUGGAUCUAUAGGGGCAGCAGCAUGCAAGAACAACGUCACCAGUUUCCAGAGGAAGGGUCCUAGAGCAAGCGGUACAGACAGCGGCUGUUCUCGACUGGUGUCCAUCGCGGGCACACGACCGUCGGUGCGGAAUGGACAGCUGCUGGUAUCUACCGGGCUCCCAGCCCUGGACCAGCUCCUAGGUGGAGGUUUGGCUGUUGGAACAGUUCUUCUAAUUGAAGAGGAUAAAUAUAAUACUUACUCUUCUUUGCUCUUCAAGUAUUUCCUGGCAGAAGGAAUCAUCAAUGGGCAUACUUUGUUGGUUGCAUCUGCAAAAGAAAAUCCUGCUGAUACUUUACAGGAACUUCCUGCACCAUUACUUGAUGAUAAUUGUAAAAAAGAUUUUGAUGAAGAUGUAUGUAAUCAUAAAACACCAGACUCUAACAUUAAGAUGAAAAUAGCUUGGCGUUACCAGUUAUUACCCAAGAUGGAGUCUGGACCAGUAUCUUCUUCAAGAUUUGGUCACUAUUAUGAUGCAUCAAAAAGGAUGCCACAAGAACUAAUUGAGGCAUCAAAAUGGCAUGGAUUUUUCUUUCCAGAAAAAUUAUCUUCAACUCUUACUAUAGAACCAUGUUCUUUGACCGGUGGCUACAGAAAGCUGCUUCAGUUUAUCCAGAACGUCAUAUAUGAGGAAGGAUUUGAUGGAUCCAAUCCCCAGAAAAAACAGAAAAACAUUUUAAGAAUAGGAAUCCAGAAUCUUGGUUCACCUUUGUGGGGAGAUGACAUUUGCUGUACGGAAAACUGUGACAACAGCCACAGCCUUACGAAGUUCCUUUAUGUUCUCCGUGGUCUUCUACGAACUUCUCUUUCAGCCUGUAUCAUCACAAUGCCAACACAUCUUAUCCAGAAUAAAGCAGUUAUUGCUCGUGUUACAAACUUGUCAGAUACAGUAGUUGGUCUGGAAUCAUUCAUUGGUUCUGAGAGAGAAACCAACCCAUUAUAUAAGGAUUAUCAUGGUUUGAUUCAUAUCCGGCAGAUUCCUCGGCUUAAUAACUUGAUUUAUGAUGUAUCCGAUGUCAAAGACUUAGCUUUUAAAUUAAAAAGGAAGCUAUUCACCAUUGAGCGACUGCAUUUGCCUCCAGACUUGUCAGACACAGUGAGCCACUCAAGCAAACAGGAUCUGGCAGGAUCCUCCAAGCUGCUGGGCCCAGGCUGUGGCAUGAUGGCCGGAGGCAAGCAACACCUGGACUUCUAGCGAUCCCUCCUUCGUCGUCGCAUGCAGAAUUAUAGGACACCCUAAUUAUGAUUGCUAAUAGCUUCUGUAAAUAUUUUUCUUAACGAUUUGACCCUCCCAUCCUUGAAAAACAGUUAGGAUUGCAAAAUGAGGCCACCACUCUUCAUUUUCCUUACCCAAAUUUUUAUGCAGAAAGAGUACAGCAAAACUACUUUCAUUUUAAAAUUUUGUUUUAUGCUGUAUUUAGAGAAAGCAGAUAAUUUUGUUUUUAAAUAAAAUGUCAGAAACUCAAAAUGCCUCACAGUGGUCAUGAGUGUACGUGUGUUAAGGCACUUCGUUCAUGGUUAAGUGCAUAUUACAACACAUAGUGUAAAAAAACAGUGAAAUUCAUAAUUGUAUAUAAAAAACAUUUUCUCUUGAUUUCUGAAAAAGUCACUUGCCACCAAAAAAGUGCUAAGGCUUUUGUAAAAUGAAAAACUCAUUUGCUAAUAUGUGUGAAGACUAUAAUAAAAUGAAUUUGCAUUUA